AUGGCAGGACUGAAUAAUGACAAUAUCCCCGAUACGGAGGUCGAUGCCUCCGAUCACAUUCUAAGCCCCCAGCCCUUUGCCCCUCCCAGCAAGGAGCUCCUCGUCACUUCCCUCGAGGCAGCCCACCUACCGAGCGACGCCGGAUCGACAAUUGACGACGGCCAAAUGUCAACCCAAAGCUACGAAUACAGUUCAUCCGGCUCCUCAACCCGACAUUCAACAAGCGAUAUAUUCGGCCGUGAGAUGGACGACGAGCUCGAGCAGAUGAAGUCCCGAGCGUCGAGUCGCUCUUCGUUCUCUUCCGUGCCGGCAUCAGUCCUUAUACACCCUCUCGAUCAAAUGAAGCAAAUGUCCGCCAUCGGCAUACAUGAGCAAAUCGCCGCAUACUCGAUGGAAGAAGAAGAAGCCAGUUUCGGCGGCUUCGAUAGACCGCCACAAUCGAUUCGGACGAUUCGUCAACGUGAAGCUGCAUUCCGGAAACCGAGCUCCGUACGGGCUAUGCAGAUGCAUACGGAGGAUGAGGCGGAUGAGGAUGAAUUCUUGACACCACCCCGACGUCGUGCGGGCAUGCGAUCGCCCGGGACAUCACCGCUGAAACGAUCACCGUACUAUUCGCCCAAGACGUCUCAAAGCAAGCCGGCCGUGAAGAAGGAAUACCCACUCGUGCUGCUUCAUUGCACACUACUCGCCCCAUCUCUACCCGUGCCCGGUGCGGCGGAGCCGCGGAACCAGAAGAUCGUCGAAGAGGUGCUGCCGCCGCAAUACUGGAAGCGAUGGCGCAGACUCCAGGACAAGGUUGGUUCUGGUGUACUCCGCGAUCGUGGAGUGUUGAUUUCUCACCCCGAGGACCUAUAUGAUAUGCUGGAGGAGCGAUUGCUGGAGAGUCUGGAACUACAGCGCCCGCUCGUGCACAGGGGUCAUUUCCUCGGUCAUGAAGAGGCUGAUCCUGGUUCAGAGGGCGAAGUUUCGGACAGAGAGGAGAGCGAGACGGAUGGUGAGCAAGGCGAUGAAUGUCCCGACUGCGGUGGACGUGUCCUGCAUCAUAGCGACACAAACCGCAAGUGGGAGAUUCGGGUGUACGCGGCGAACGGUCUGAUGCGGGCCGGCGCGUGGGCUGCAGCGUGGAAAGAGAUGGAGAAGGUAGAUGUCGAGGUUGGCGUCUGGUUGCCAUCCGAUAUAAGGCGGGCCUUGGAGAAACGACUCGCAGAGGAACAUGCCGCUGCGGCUGCGUCCGCGGAGCAUGCUCACCAGGCAAUGGUGUUCCACAAUCCAGAUAAGCUGGAUAUCGACCAGCGUCGAUUGUCCGUCCAGACCUACUCCAGGACAUUCAGCGAUGCUGGGUCCUUCCGAAGUAGUGGACACACUGUGGAACCUCCGCCGCAAAUGAAGCGACCAGACUUGCCGCAAGUCAAUCAACAACAUGAGAUUGCCCUCCGGACUCUGAUGAUCAACUACAUUCGCGUCUUAGCUGGUGACAGGCGCAAUGUCGCACUGGUUUUCAUGGGUGUCUUGGUCAUCUUCCUCGCCAUUGGGGUACAGCCGCAGAAGGAUCAGCUCCAGGGUUUGUUGCAUUCGUUGGCUCGCGAAGAUUUCGUUGAGAUGCCUGCAGCGCCGAAGGUGCACAUAAGUGCUGAUGUUCCCGCUUUGUCGGUGACUUCUUCAAGCUCUAUCUUGAUGGAGGGCAUUAUUCCUACCUCGAGCGUUGUGGCUUCUAUGCCAGUUUCUGAGGUGGUUGCCCAGUCGCAGGUUGAGGAGACUGUCCCGUCCCCCACGGCUUCUGAAGUCGAACCCAUUUCCUUCAUCCCCGAGCCGACGCCUGAAGCUGCGCCGGUGGAAGAUUUCAAAGAAAAGGAUAUUCACAACGAAGGAUCCCGCGACGAAGAUAUUCAUAGUGAGGAAAUCCAGAGUGAGGAAAUCCAGGGCCAAGAUAUCCCUAAACAAGAGACCCACGGGGAAGAAAUCCACGGCGACGCGAUCCCUGAUAAAGCGAUUCACGGUGAAGCGGCCCACGAUGAAGUGAUCGCCGACGAAGAGCCUCACGACGAAGCGAUCCCCGAUGAAGAUAUCCACGAUGAAGCGAUCAUUGACGAGAUCCUCGAGGAACCGAUCCCCGGUGAACCGAUCCACGACAAAGAGAUCACCGAGGAACGUCAUGAUGAAUCUCAGCCAGAGCCAGUCGAUGCUAGUGAAGAACUCUACUCUGGCGAGACUGAGCCGGUCGAGUCUGUAGAGGAAUCCCAUGUCGUCGAACCUGAGCUCCAACCCGACCCGGAGGAAUAG